AGAGCAGCCUGGUGUUUCAGAAAGAGGAGCUCACAUGCACAUUCAGAACCCCUUCCUGCAACAGGAGACCCAGAGAGCAAGGGCUGGGUUUCAUGAGCACUACACCUAACUGUUUGCCUCAGUGCCAGGUCCACAUCGCAAGCCUCCGCUCAGCAAGUUCUGGAGAAAACGUCCCUAAAGGCACUCAGCAAGACACCGCUGAACUGACUGCAUCAAAGAGAAAUUUCAUCGUCUAGAGAGUGCUCCUCUUCAGUUGUUCCUGCAAAGCUUGGUGUGAAGACAGCUUUCCAGUUGUCUCUCUAGGCUCAGGUGUCUGCACGAUGUUCCCAUUGCAAGGCGCCCAGAUGCUGCAGAUGCUGGAGAAAUCCUUGAGGAAGAGCCUUCCUACGUCCUUAAAGGUUUAUGGGACCGUCACGCACAUGAACCAUGGAAAUCCAUUCAAUCUAAAGGCCCUGGUGGACAAGUGGCCUGAUUUUAAUACAGUGGUUAUCCGCCCCCAGGAGCAGGACAUGAACGAUGACCUUGAUCACUACACCAAUACUUACCAUGUCUACUCUGAAGAUCUUAAGAAUUGUCAGGAACUCCUUGACUUACCAGAAGUCAUCAACUGGAAACAACAUCUGCAGAUCCAAAGUACGCAGUCCAGCCUGAAUGAAGUAAUACAAAAUCUCGCAGCCACGAAAUCCUUCAAAGUCAAGCGAUCAAAAAACAUUCUCUAUAUGGCAUUUGAGACAAUCAAGGAACUGACUCCGUCCCUGCUGGAUGUAAAGAACUUACCAGUCGGCGAUGGCAAACCCAAGGACAUCGACCCAGAGAUGUUUAAGCCCGCAUCUGCGGAGCCUAGCCACGCGGCUUUGGUGAACAGGUUCUGGCUUUUCGGCGGCAAUGAGAGGAGCCAGAGGUUCAUCGAGCGCUGCAUCCGGAACUUCCCCACCUCCUGCUUGCUGGGGCCCGAGGGGACCCCUGUGUCCUGGUCCCUGAUGGACCAGACAGGAGAGAUGCGGAUGGGGGCCACCCUGCCCGAGUACCGGGCCAAGGGGCUUGUCACCUACGUCAUCUACCAGCAGGCCCAGUGUCUGCUCGAGCGGGGCUUCCCCGUGUAUUCUCACGUGGACCCCAAGAACCAGAUCAUGCAGAAGAUGAGUCAGAGCCUCAAUCACAUGCCCAUGCCCUGCGACUGGAACCAGUGGAACUGUGAGCCUCUGUGACCGGCCCUGAGCGCCAGCCAGGGCGGGGGGGCCUGAGGGUGUGACGGGGGGCAGAGCACAGUGGAGGGAAGAAUAAAUUGUGGCUGUGAUCUCUGUGAA